CAUUUUGAGCGCACCCUCACUAAAAGCAUCCGACUCUUCUUCUUCUUCCCAAUUCCCCCGCUCCGUCGCCGAGCGCGCGCUCUCUCUCUCUCUAAAUGUUCCUGCUACGCAUCGCCCGAUCGUCCCCCAACCCCACCCUCUCCGCCAUUGGCGGCGUCGUGUAAGCUGAGACUCGAAGAAGAAGAAGAAGAAGAAUCGGAGAAGAGGAGUGGAAGAAGAGGAGGAAGGAGAUGAUACUUCCGGUGGUGAAGCUUGGGACGCUGGCGCUGAAGACGCUGUGCAAGCCCAUCGCCUAUCGCCUCAAGAAGGAGGCCGGGAUCCACCCCAAGUUCCGCCAAUUCAUCGUCAACAUCGCCCAGACCAACCACCGCAUCUCUACAAAUAUCCAAAGACGGAUUUACGGUCAUUCAACUAAUGUUGAGAUCCGGCCUCUCAAUGAGGAAAAAGCUGUUCAAGCUGCUGCAGAUCUUAUUGGGGAACUCUUCGUCUUUUCGGUGGCUGGAGCUGCCUUGAUCUUUGAAGUGCAAAGAAGUGCAAGGUCAGAGGCUAGAAAGGAGGAAGCUCGCAGACAGGAAAUUGAGGCAAUGAAACAAAGAGAGGAGGAACUAGCUAAAGAAAUGGAGAAUCUGAAACAGAAGCUGGUUGAGAUUGAAGAGCAUGCAAAGGGGCGAGGUCUUUCGGGAAUUCUGCAUUUCAAGACUGUCCAUGGGCAUGAAAGCAGCAAAUCGGCAACGCCUGCUUGAUUGGUCUCUUUUCUCGGUGAGCCAUUUCCAAUUUGUCACCACACCCAACCUCGUAGCUAUCUUGUUAUUUUACAUUCUUCAGCAUGUUGCUGGACUUGUCUCUCACCCAAUUCUCGACACCACAUGUAGAAGAGUUCUUUUUUUAUUCUUAUGUGGUGUCAUAUAUAUAUAUUUUUUCUGAUUGUGCCUGCAAUAUAAGGGGUGAAUCUUGUGCUUUGUGACCUUUUCUUGUUAAUUGUAACUGGAUAUCCUGAUUAACU